AUGAAAAACAGAUGUUCACCAGAGGCAUUACUAUCUAUAAUCCUUGGGAUGAGCAAAGAACAAAAAGAAUCUGUAAGAUCUAUGGGUUUUGGAGCUUUGUUAAAAAUGAAAAUCACAGAUAUACCACUGAAGCUGGGAUUUUAUGUUCUUCAAAAAUUUGAUUCUGAGAGAAUGGUGAUAGAUAUUGAAGGAAAGGAACUGAAAGUAACAGCAGAGUCUGUUCAUGACAUGUUGGGCAUACCAAUUGGUGGAACCAAACUUACACAACUGGAUCAAUGGCCUAAGGAUGAUACAAGUUAUGAUGAAUGGAAGCAACAAUUUAAAAAAGAUUCAAUCAUCCGACUGAGUGCAAUCAAAAAUGUUAUUGUUUCUACCACACAAGCUGAUUUCAAUUUCAAAUUGAACUUCUUAGUUCUUUUUGUCAACACGUUUUGCGAGUCAACAUCAAUGGGAAGAUGCAACCUGUUUCCCUUGAGUUAUAUUUCAAGAAAAACAGAUAUCAGCAACAUAGACUGGUGCAGCUAUGUUUUGGACUGUCUUGUCAGAACAAAAAACUCAUACAUACCAUACUCAGAUACCAGCUUCUUUGUUGGACCUUCAGCUUUCUUGGUGUUGUUCUAUGCUGAUAACAUCCACUCAGAAGCUUUAACAGUAACACGUAAACGUCCAACAAUUUGUUAUUGGAGUUCAGAGAAGAUUAGAUAUCGAGAGACAUUUGAACAAGAAAAAGGUAGAUUUGGACUUGGAGAAUUAAACGAAGAAUUUGUUAAUGAACAAGAUGAAGGAGAUACAGAUCUCGAAGACAGUGAUUCUGAUAAAGAUGAAGAUCAUUCUGUUGAGGCAUAUGAAUCAAAAAUAUCUAAAAUGCUUAAUAGUUUCGAGAGGAUGAAGGAAAAGCUGAAUUUAAAGCUUAAUGAUGCGAUAACAAAGUUCCCUGAAAAGGAAAGUUUUAGGAUUUUCGAAGAAAAGAUGACAAAUAUAAUUGGUGAAGAAAAAACAGAAGGCACAACUAUUUUUGAAUUUCCAAGUAAUCAAACUGGAUUUGAAGGAAUCAAUUUGACACCAAUAACUGGUCAAAAAACAAAUGAUCAAAAAGAAAAUGAAGAUAAAGAGGGAAAUGGUGAAGAAGACAAUGAUAAUGAUGGAAGUCAACCAGAAGAAGAUUAUUUGCUUGAUUCAAAUGAAGCAGAGAAUGAAAGAAUAAAGAAUGAUGGAGAUAAUAAUAAAAAGAAGGUGAAACUGAAGUAA